AUGCAAGCAAUUAUCACCACCGCGAAGCCUUCCGCCGUGGAUGAGAACGAGAAGUACGACACGAAGGCCGUAGCGGCACCAGUGCUUGAUUGGGCUGCAAUGUACACACGCAAGCCGGCCGGGACGAGCACACUCUUUGCACUUGAGGCGAUGGUGGCAAAGCGCAUGGAGCUGCUCGCGUGGAUCGACCAGCUGAUGAACUCGCCGACUGUGAAAAGCUUUAGUGUUGUGCUUGACGAAGUUGGAGCGAGGCUGCCACUUGAGCGGCGCAAACGGGCUACGCAGCACACGACAGAUCACGUCGUGCUUGGACGUGACGAUACAACCGCCGCAGAUGAUGUCGGACGAUCACGCACACCGCGACGUUCCACUUCACGUCCUGGAGCCACCGCUGCAAACACCUUUGUCUUUGAGGGAGAUGAAGACCUCCUCUCGCAUCUUCUUGCGCGGUACGCAUUCUGUAUGAGCGAGCAGUGGCGCAAGUGGUUUAUAAAGACGGAGGAGACUCUUCUUCGCGCUCGUCUAAAGCUGCAACUGGCGAAAUUUGAGGCCGACUUCCUCCCUAACCUCAUGAAGGACAACGGCCUCCCGUGCGAGCCGCUCUCGGAGGAGCAGCGGCAGGAUCCACGGCUCCAGGAGUACGUGGCGUACCAGGCGGCCUCGCAAGGGAAGAGCCAGCCCCGCAACCCUGAGGAGUACUUCUCCGUCCCGUUAACAUUAGCCACGCGUCUAAUCAAAAGUCGUAGUGUACUUUGUCUGAAAGGACAGGCCAUUCUUCACCGAGAUCAGGCACAGGAGGUGUUUAUGACCGUCUUCCGUUCUAAACUGAACAAAGGCCUCCAUGAAGCAUAUCUUGCACGAAUGAAGUUGACUUCACACGAGGAUGAUGAUGAACGAGAAACGGUGAUGUGUAUGCUUGAUACCUUCUUGGAGCACUUUGUUUCGGAUCCUGUGUGCGCCAUGCAAGAGGCGGCGUCCGGUGCCAUUGGCGCAGGCGAUGUGCGCCGGCUCGCCGAAACACACUUUCCGUUAUGCAUGCGCCAGGUGGAUGAGCAUCUUCGCCGCGAGGGUCACCUGAAGCAUUACGGGCGCCUCACGUACGGCCUUUUCUUAAAGGCGAUUGGGCUCUCACUGCAGGACUCCUUAACACUCUUUGCAUCUCUGAUGACCCAAAAAGGUGGUGGCGGCAAUGGCGAGAGUUUCGCUAAGACGUCAUAUGGGUACAACAUUCGCCACAACUACGGCAUGGAGGGUAAAAAAACGAGCUACAGCUCCAUGUCGUGCGCAACGCUGCUUGGUCUUCCUCCCGUGGUUGAUAGGUUCGACUGUCAUGGCUGCCCAUUUCGCUUCAAGGACGAGGGCGGCUUUCGGUCGAUGUUGAUGAAGGAGCAGCUGAACCCGCUUGGGAAGGAGCACGCCUCUGUUCGGUUAACCGCAAGUGACAUUGAAGAGGUUGUACAGGACUGCAAGGGACAGCACUACACGCGUGCCUGUUACAGGUACUUCAUGGCCACGCACCCUGGGGCGAGGCGCGACACAUUGUUUCGCUCGCCAUACGAGUACUACACAGUGAGCUGUGAGAUGGCCGAGAAGGUGGAGGAGGCCGCGACUGAAGAGGGGACGCCGAUGCGGCGGGCGGCUGCCGGCGAUAACUUCAAACGCUCCAUGUUCACCGCUACACUGAGGGAGGACGUUAUCCGCCGGCAGACAUCUUCGCCGCAGCGAGACGGGGGGGAAAAAUAA